CGUCCCCUAAAAGCUUGUUUAGCUUGUUUUUAAUUUAUUAUUAUUAUUAUUAUUAUUAUAAUUAAGAAUGGGGGAUAAUGAGGAUGACACUGGUCUCUGGGCUCUGUUGGAGCUGCUGUCAGAGAUCUGUCAGCCAUCCAGACACCCAUCUUCAAAGGAAGACAUACGCCCCAUUACUGGGUUUUUGUCAAAAGUUAUAUGGUAGAAAUAAUCCUCACAUUCAACCAUUCUUAGGCAGCAACUUUCCUACUCUGCAAGCUUUCGGCCUAGGCAUAGUAAUCCCUAUUUAGCUUUGCUCAUAGAAUAAGUGGACCUGCUCCUUUUAAACACGGCCUGAAAAGGCAGAAAACCAUUCCUGAAAGCAGAGAAGGGAUGAGGACCCUGUGAAAGGACAAAUAUGGAACAGCAAGACCCAUCUACCCCUGAAGCAGAACUUGGCCCUGAUGCCAUCAAGACUGAGACCUAUGCGGAGGAAUUCCUGGGGGGAAAUGUGCAGAAGAUCUUGGGGGAGAAUCCCCUCAGCUCAGAUGUGCAGCGCCAGCAGUUCUGGCAUUUCCGCUACCAGGAGGCUGAGGGGCCCCGAGAGGCUUGCAGCCAACUCCACCUUCUUUGCCGUGAGUGGCUGAAGCCAGAGCAACACUCAAAGAACCAGAUCCUGGACCUGGUGAUCCUGGAGCAGUUCCUGGCUGUCCUGCCCCCAGAGAUGGAGAGCUGGGUGAGGGAAUGCGGGGCCGAGACCAGUUCCCAGGCUGUGGCCCUGGCAGAAGGUUUCCUCCUGAGCUGGGCAGAAGACGAGAAGCAGGCAGAGCCACAGGAAAAGUGUCUCUAUGCAGAAAUAGGAACUGAUUUCCCUGAGGCAGAAAGGACUCCAUCAGACACCAGGCAGAGGCUGCUGGGUAAUGAAAUGAUGUCAGCAAGACCUACUAAACCAUCUCCCCUCUCUGGUGGAGGAGAAGCUGUUGCUAUCACCCCAGAUCAGGAUCCAGUGUCUUUGGAGGAUGUGGCCGUGCAUUUCACGGAAGAGGAGUGGGCUUUGCUGAAUCCUGACCAGAGAGCUCUGCAUAGCGAAGUCAUGGGGGGGAUUUCUGGGACUCUGUCCUAUCUUGAAGAAGAUGAGUGGAAAGCCAAGAGGAAGGGAGUGUAUGGAAAAGAGUUAGGGGAAAGAGGCAGAUCUGAAAACAGGGAAGAGCAGAGAAGGAAUGCUGAAGCAGAAGAGAGAAGGAGGAAUAACUCUUGCGCUUCUCAGGGCAGCAGCUAUCAUAAGAUUGCCAUCCAGGAAAAAACACAUCAAAGAAGCAAAAGAAGUAAAUAUUUUGGAGGUUGGAAAAGUCUCUAUUGUAACAGAAAAUGCAAAGCCCACGACAGAAACCAGAAUGUGGAAUGUGGAAAGGGUUUCAGUAGAAAUUACUCCCUCAAUGUCCAUCAAAGUAUUCACACCGGGGAGAAACAACAUAAGUGCUUAGAAUGUGGAAAGGCCUUCAGUUGGAAACACAAACUCACUUACCAUCACAGAAUUCACACCAGAGAGAAACCAUAUAAGUGCUUAGAAUGUGGAAAGAGCUUCAGAAUGAAAACCCAACUCACUUCCCAUCAAAGAAUCCACACUGGGGAGAAACAAUAUAAUUGCUUAGAAUGUGGAAAGAGCUUCAGGUGGAAUUACCAACUCACUUCCCAUCAAAGACUUCACACUGGGGAGAAACUAUAUAAGUGCUUAGAAUGUGGAAAGAACUUCAGGUGGAAUUACCAACUCACUUCCCAUCAAAGACUUCACACUGGGGAGAAACCAUAUAAGUGCUUAGAAUGUGGAAAGAGCUUCAGAAUGAAAACCCAACUCACUUCACAUCAAAGAAUUCACAUUGAGGAGAAACCAUAUAAGUGCUUAGAAUGUGGAAAGAGCUUCAGUUGGAAAAACCAUCUCACUGCCCAUCAAAGACUUCACACCGGGGAAAAACCAUAUAAGUGCUUAGAAUGUGGAAAGAGCUUCAGAAGGAGAAACAAACUCACUGACCAUCAAAGAAAUCACACUGGGGAGAAACCAUAUAAAUGCCUGGAAUGUGGGAAGAACUUCAGUUGGAAAGACCGACUCACUUCCCAUGAAAGAAUUCACACCGGGGAGAAACCAUAUAAAUGCUUAGAAUGUGGAAAAAGCUUCAGGUGCAAGAGCAAUCUCACUUCCCAUCAAAGAAUUCACACCGGAGAGAAACCAUAUAAAUGCCUGGAAUGCGGAAAAAGCUUCAGGUGCAAGAGCAAUCUCACUUGCCAUCAAAGAAUUCACACCGGAGAGAAACCAUAUAAAUGCUUGGAAUGUGGAAAGGGCUUCCAUCAGAAGAAACAUCUUAAUUCCCAUCAAAGAAUUCACACUGGGGAGAAACCAUGUCAAUACUUAGAAUAUGGAAAAAGCUUCAGAUGCAAGAGCAAUCUCACUUCCCAUGAAAGAAUUCACACUGGGGAGAAACCAUAUAAAUGCUUGGAAUGUGGAAAGGGCUUCAGUAGAAAUUCCUCUCUCACUUUUCAUCAAAGAAUUCACACUGGAGUGAAACCAUAUCAGUGCUUAGAAUGUGGAAAAAGCUUUAGGAGGAAACACCAUCUCACUUCCCAUCAAAGAAUUCACACUGGGGAGAAACCAUACAAGUGCUUAGUUUGUGGAAAGAGCUUCAGCUGGCAAGACAAACUCACUUCCCAUCAAACAACUCACACUGGGGAGAAGCCAUAUAAAUGCAUGGAAUGUGGCAAGGGCUUCACUAGAAAUUACUCUCUCACUUUGCAUCAAAGAAUUCACACUGGGGAGAAACCAUAGAACUGCUUGGAAUGUGUAAAGCUCUUCAGGAGUUUGUUGUUAUGUGCCUUCAAGUCAAUUACGACUUAUGGUGGCCCUAUGAAUCAGUGACCUCCAAGAGCAUCUGUCAUGAACCACCCUGUUCAGAUCUUGUAAGAUCAGGUCUGUAGCUUUAUGGAAUCAAUCCAUCUCAUUUGGCCUUCCUCUUUUUCUACUCCCUUCUGUUUUUCCCAGCAUUAUGGUCUUUUCUAGUGAAUCAUGUCUUCUCACUAUGUGUCCAAAGAAUGAUAACCUCAGUUUCAUCAUCUUAGCGGCUAGUGACAGUUCUGGUUUAAUUUGUUCUAACACCCAAUUAUUAGUCUUUUUCGCAGUCCAUGGUAUCCACAAAGCUCUCCUCCAACACCACAUUUCAAAUGAGUUGAUUUUUAUCUUACCUGCUUUUUUCGCGGUCCAACUUUCACAUCCAUACAUAGAAUUCGGGAAUACCAUGGUCUGAAUGAUCCAGUCUUUAGUGUUCAGUGAUACAUCUUUGCAUUUGAGGACCUUUUCUAGUUCUCUCAUAGCUACCCACCCCAGUCCUAGCCUUCUUUUUAUAUCUUGACUAUUGUCCCCACUAUGGAUAAUGACUGUGCCGAGGUAUUGAUAAUCCUUGACAUGUUCUCUUGGUCCAAUCCCUCUUUCUGUGUGAUAUGUUCUGCGUACAGAUUAAACAAAUAGGGUGAUAAAAUACACCCCUGUCUCACACCCUUUCCAAUGGGGAACCAAUCGGUUUCUCCAUAUUCUGUCCUUACAGUAGCCUCUUAUCCAGAGGAUAGGUUGCGCAUCAGGACAAUCAGAUGCUGUGGCACCCCCAUUUCUUUUAAAGCAUUCCAUAGUUUUUCAUAAUAUAUACAGUCAAAGGCUUUGCAGUAAUCUAUAAAGCACAGGGUGAUUUCUUUCUGAAAUUCCUUAGACCAUUCCAUUGUCCAACGUAUGUUUGCCAUGAUCUCUGGUGCCUCUUCCCUUUCUAAAUCCAGCUUGGACGUCUGGCAUUUCUCGCUCCAUAUAUGGUAAGACCCUUUGUUGUAGAAUCUUGAGCGUUAUUUUACUUGCAUGGGAUGUUAAGGCAAUAGUUUGAUAAUUACUGCAUCGCCUGGGAUCCCCUUUCUUUGGAAUUGGGAUAUAUAUUGAACGCUUCCAGUCUGUGGGCCAUUGUUUAGUUUUCCAUAUUUCUUGACAGAUUUUUGUCAAAAUUUGGACAGAUUCAGUCUCAGUAGCUUGUAGCAACUCUAUUGGUAUGCCAUCUGUUGCUGGUGAUUUGUUUCUUCCAAGUAUUUUAAGAGCAGCUUUCACUUCACAUUCUAAAAUUUCUGGUUCUUCAUCAUAUGGUUCCUCCAUGAAUGAAUCUGUCAUCCUGGCAUCUCUUUUUAUAGAGUUCUUCAGUGUAUUGCUUCCAUCUUCCUUUUAUUUCAUCUCGGUCAGUCGGUGUGUUCCCCUGUUGAUUAUUCAACAUCCCUCUCGUGGUUUAAAUUUCCCUAAUUUAAAUUUCAUCUUUUGGAAUAGGGCUCUUUGUUCCUCCCUUUCUGUUGUCCUCUUCUAUUUCUAUACAAUAACUAUUGUAAUAGUUCUCUUUGUCCCUAGGUACUAGUCGCUGUAUUGUUGCAUUUAGGGUUAUGACCGUGUUUCUAUCUCCUUUUGCUUUUGCUUUUCUUCUCUCUUUAACCAUUUUAAGAGUUUCUUCAGUCAUCCAUUGAGGUCUUUCUCUCUUUUUAACUAGAGGUAUGGUCUUUUUGCAUUCUUCCCAGAUCAUGUCUCUGAGUUCACUCCAUAGUUCUUCUGGUUCUCUGUCAACUAAGUUUAAAGCCUCAAAUCUGUUCCUUAUUUGAUCUUUAUAUUCUUCUGGGAUGUUAUUUAAAUUGUAUUUUGGCAUUAUGAUUGCUUUGUUCUUUAGCUUUGCUCUGAUUUUCAAUAUGAUCAUUUCAUGAUCUGUACCACUGUCUGCUCCUGGUCUUGUUUUUGCAGAAAGUAUGGAACUUCUCCAUCUUCUGUUGCCAAUUAUAUAAUCAGUAUGAUUCCUGUAUUGAUCAUCUGGUGAUGUCCGCGUGUACAGUCGUCUUUUCGGUUGCUCUAAAAAUGUGUUUACAAGAAACAAAUUAUUGGCUUCACAGAAUUCAAUAAGUCUUUCUCCUGGUUCAUUUCUGUCUCCUAAGCCCCAUUUCCCCACAAUUUCUAGUUCUUCUCUGUUCCCUACUUUUGCAUUCCAGUCCCCCAUGAUUAUCAUCAUAUCUUGUUUUGGUGUGUGAUCAAUUUCUUCCUGUACUUCUGCGUAAAAUCUCCAGUUCAUCUUCUGCGUUUGACGUUGGAGCGUAGACUUGGAUGAUGGUUAUGUUAAUAGGUUUCCCAUUUAAUCUCAUUGAUAUCACUCGCUCAGACCUUGCAUUGUAGCUCCUAAUUGCUUUUGCUACAUCACUUCUCACUAUUAAAGCAACCCCGUUUCUUCUUGAUUUCUUGUUUCCUGCAUAAAGUAUUUUGUAGUUGCCUGACUGAAAAUGUCCCAUUCCCGUCCAUUUUAAUACACUCGCGCCAAGUAUUGUAAUGUUGAUAGGUUCCAUUUCUUGCUUGACAAUUUCUAACUUUCCCUGGUUCAUGCUUCUCACAUUCCAUGUUCCUAUUGUGUGCGUCGUACAACUCCGGACUCUCCUUUCGCAUCUGUGCGCAUCAGACUCUGGGGUUCCUUUCAGCUUUGACCCUGCCGCAUCAUUAGUCACAGAGCUACUCAUACUUGUCCUUUGUUCUUCCCCAGUAGCUCGGUGAGUGCCUUCUGACCUGGGAGUCACUAGCAUGAAACUCACUGGCUAAUAGUUAUCUGGAAGAGAAAAGGAAGAUGACUACCAAUAAGAUGUCUGAGUCUAUUGAGUAUAGCACCAUGUCUCCUGCUGCAAAAUAUAUGCUAUUUAAAUACUGACAUUUAAUUAAAGAUAUAUCUGCAUGUCAGUAUCCUCUAGUUAAAGGCUUUUGCAGAGCAGCCACUGUUAAACUGGAGGCCCAAUUCCAUGCCCUUGGGGCAGGCACCCAGGACAUGAGUACAAGCUGGGCAUCAUGCCACACUUGUACUGGCUGACCAAGGCCUACAUCUACCCGGUCCACCUGCAGGUACUGCUGGGGAGCCGCUCGGCCAGCCCAAGAGGAACAUACGGUGGCCCCCACCGCCCUGGAAGAGCUGCAAGACUAUGAGGUCUG